CUUGAUAACUUUCAGUUGCUAUCACCUCGAGGAUGUGAUUACUGAUAAUACUUUAUAAAAUCAUUAAUUACUAUUCUCAUGUAUCGUUUAACACGAACCGCAGUGAAUCAAGAAUGAAUAAAGCUGCAAUAACGACCAUUAAUUAGUUGGAAAUAUUUAGUUAGUAAUCAUUCGGUAGUGAUCAGACAUCGCUUCUUGGAGGCGAAGUACAUUUAAACACCAUUACGAAGAUUGACGUAUCCAGUCUUUCGGACAGCGAUUAAUUUAUUUUUCUACUUUUCUGUUUUUCAAUCUAUGGUUAAAUGAAUUCUUGAAGAAACCUAAACCAAAAUGGCGACAUAUUUGGAAAUUUCUUGCGGCCUCGUAGCAGUGUUUCUUGCACUCUACUACUAUUUCACGUCGACCUUUAAUUAUUGGAAAAAGCGUGGAAUCAAAGGUCCAAAACCCAUACCAGUGUUUGGCAAUAUUAUGGCACCAAUGUUAGCAAAGGAGUCAUUGGCAAACUUUCUAACGAAUCUUUACACGAAAUACAAAAACGAACCAAUGAUUGGAAUAUUUGUAAGAAGAGAACCUAUUCUAAUUAUUCUUGAUCCUGAUAUCAUCAAGGAUGUCCUUAUUAAAGAUUUCUCCAAAUUUGCAAACCGUGGCUUCAUAAAACAUGAAAUAGCAGAACCGUUAUCUCAGCACCUCUUUGCUCUGGAGGUCGAAAGAUGGCGUCCGCUAAGAACUCAACUCUCUCCAGUAUUUACAUCUGGCAAACUCAAAGGAAUCUUUUCCCUGAUUCUUGAUUGCGCUAAACAUUUGGAAAAAUAUAUGGAUACUUUAGUACAGAAAGGAGAACCCAUCGAAAUCCGAGAAGUAGCAGCCCAAUACACGACUGAUGUGAUCGGUAGCUGUGCAUUUGGAAUUGAAAUGAACUCGAUGUCGGAAAGUGAAAGUGAAUUCCGCAAAAGGGGCAGAGAAAUCUUCGCUACUAACUUUACAGCACUUCUGAAGUUCAGAAUGAAAGAAUGUAUGCCACAGUUAUAUAAUUUACUUGGUUAUGUACUUCCUAAGGAUAAAACAAUGGCAUUCAUUGAGAGAAUCACUAUAAGUACGAUGGAGUAUAGGAAGCACAACAACAUAGUCAGAUCAGAUUUUAUAAAUACACUUUUGGAGCUGCAGAAACAUCCUGAAAGAGUUAGCGGUAUCCAAUUGACGGACACGUUGCUGGCUGCACAAGCGUUUGUGUUUUUCGCAGCUGGUUUCGAAACUUCAUCGACAACGAUAGCCAAUGCCAUUUAUGAAUUGACUCUAAACCAAAAGAUACAGAAUAAAUUACGAGAAGAAAUUAAAGAAUUCGACGCGAAAAACAACGGGGAAUGGAAAUACGAAACUGUCAAACAGAUGAAGUACCUGGAUAAAGUUUUUCGAGAAACAUUAAGGAAAUAUCCGCCCCUACCAUUUUUAAGCAGAGAGACAACGGAAAGUUACACGUUCGAAAACCCGAAGUUGACAAUUCUUAAGGACGCCAAGGUAUGGAUACCGCUUUAUGCAAUUCACAGAGAUCCGGAAGUUUACCCAGAUCCAGACAAAUUUGACCCCGAAAGAUUCUCAGAAGACGCAGUGAAAGUCAAGCACCCCAUGCACUACAUACCCUUCGGCGAUGGCCCAAGAAACUGCAUCGGUAUAGAGUAUCGAGCAGAGUAGGCUUCCCUAGGGAAAAUGGCGUUAGAGAGCAAACAGGAAUUCUUAAAAUCUUAAUUUUGACGAUAUUAAUACUAAAAGUGAUUUAAGAACAAAUAACAUGAUCUUUUAUUAUUAAAUGACAUAAAAUUUAGUACAUAUUAAGAUAAUGUGAAUAAUGAAAUAAACUUGAACUUUAUGUGUAAAUGGUGUAACUGAUCUAGAGUCGCCACUGCAGGUGAAGUGGCCAGUUGAAUUUUUAGUAGUACAGUAAUGCCUCUAACGGUGUCCGUAAUCUGGGAAGCGAAAAUGGACAAUACGGGUAGAACAGAUACUACUUCCCAAAUCUCACGGCAUAAAAGCCGUAGCAGCUAACAAAUUAACAAUAGUUUAACUUUCUUAUUUCUAAAUUUUUCUGCAUGCAAAUUGUUUUAACAUAUUGGUACAAUUC